AUGGAGUAUCCAGCAGCUCCCAAUCCUGAGCAGCUCUCAACUCUUCUAGGGCAGAUCAUAUCAGGUCAAAACUCACAAGAACUUGAAAAAUACUUCAAGCGCUAUCUCAAACUUUCUCAAAGCAUUCAAGACCUGAUGAAUCAAAUGGUCAAUAAUACCAACCCACAAAUUCGACAACUCUCCAGCGUUUUGCUUACUCCACCUCCGUGAGUGAGCAAAAUCAAUCGAAAAAAUUCAUUUUUUGGUAAAAACCCACCCCUUUGUGGAACAAAUUUUUUAUGAAAAAAAUAUUCCGAUAUAAGAUAAUUAUUAAAUGAAAUCUUUAGUUAAUUUUGUUGAAUUUUAAGCAGCUUCAUUUUAAAACAUAUAUUUUGUAAUUAAAUUUAAAUUCUACUUCUCGAUUGGGAUUUUUUAAUUCAAAAACAAAAUUACUAUAUAGGUUUUUUUAAUAAAAAAAAUUAACACUCCCAUGUGAGAGAAAAAGUUUUUGUGGGGGAUUUAGAAAAAAAAUCAACAAGCACUGGUUGAGCCUUAAUAGUGAUCUGCAAGUUCAGAUCAAAGCAGCUUUGGUUAAUCAGAUUACGAUUGAGCCUGAGCCACUUGUUAGAAAAAAUGUUGCAAGCUUAGCAGCAGCCCUUGCCAUAAACAUUCUUCAAACUUGGCCUGAAUUACUAGGCUUUAUCAAUACCUGCAUUGACAAUGAAUCAGUUCCAGCCAGAGAAAUUGGACUUUAUUUAUUAGCAGAGCUUUUAGAAAACGAAGACAUUUGCAAAUUCUUAAAGCCUCACCAAGAAAAACUUUUGACUCUCUUCGCAAGAUCGCUUGAGGACUCUUCCAGCAGAGAAAUCAGAAAAUGCGGUCUUAAAGCCCUUGGAAAUUAUGUGACCUGUUCAGAGGAAGAAGAAGUCCAAUACAUGAUCCAGCUGAUCCCAAAAAUCAUGGCAGUCGUCAAAGAAUGCGUUGAAGCUCUUGAUGAAGAGCUCGUUGUUUUCGCCUUUGACAUCUUUGACGAGCUUCUUGAUGGUGGCCAUAACUUCGGACCAAAUCUAGAAGUUGUAGUAAGAAUGGCAAUUGAAGCUGUAGGUGGCAACCCUAAGCUUAACUUGUCCACAAGAGAAUGUGCUAUGGAUUUCUUAGAAACCCUUGGCUCUUCUAAUCCUAAAAUUUUAAGCGGAAACCCAGAAGUCCUCAGAUACCUUUUCCAGCACAUUUUCACUAUAGCAACUGAAUGUGAGGACGAUCCAGAAGAAACCACUCCAGUCGAUAUGGCAUUUCGCCUUAUAGAUUCAUUAGCCAUUGACCUCCCCAACAAAUCAGUCUACCCAAUUGCUAUUGAAUUCGCCAAAGCUUUGAUUUCAAACCCAUCUCCUAUACACAGAAAAGCAGGAGUCAUUACCAUUGGAGUCAUUGCGGAAGGUUGCUCUGAUUACAUGAAGCAGGACCUAGAAGCCAUUGUUAAGCAGCUGAUAAGCGCUUUAUAUGAUGCUGACCAGUCUGUAAGAGAAGGUGCUGGACUUUCUUUGGGAUACUGCUCUGAGCACUUAAAACCUGAUAUUUUGGAACUCCAUGAAGUAAUUUUGCCUAGACUUAUUGAGAUUGUUGAUCAGCCAGUCACAAAAGUCAAGCAAAAGGUACUAUAUGCUAUUGACAUUUUCUGUGAAAAUUUCGAUGAAGAUGUAGAGAAAUACCUGGCUGGGCUUGUACCUAAAUUAAUAUCAAUUGCAGUGCAGGAUGGAGAUGCAAAAUCAAGACAAAUGGCAGUUUCUGCUCUUAGUUCGGCUAUUUCUUCAGCUGAACAAAAAAUCCUGCCAUAUUUCAAUCAGAUUAUUCAGUUGCUCAAUACGCUUUUGAAUAAUCCUAGAGAAACUGAUUUAACAUUAAAAGCUACAACUAUUCAAUGUCUUGGUACACUGGCUUCUUCCUCAACCAUAGAGAUUUUUGCUCCUUAUUUAGCUUACAGCAUUGAUAUGGCUUUCCAUUGCUUAUCAGUUGAAACUUUAGAACUCCGCGAAGCUGGCUUCGCAUUUUUCUAUCUAUUAAGCAGACUCCUCAAAGAGCAAAUGGAACCAUACAUCGAUAAAGUUGUAGAAGAAGCUAUUAAAACUUGUGAAGCCAGAGAAGGGCUCGAAGUUGGAGAAGGAGAAAGUGAUGAAAGUGACGAGGAGGAAGAAGAAGAUGAGUCCACUUAUAAGGUUAGAACUGCCUUUUUGGACGAAAAAACUGCAGCCUUACAUACUCUUGGCCACUUAUCUCAGGCUUGCCCAGGCAAAAUUCUACCAUUCUUGCCAAGAAUCACUGAAAAUAUCGAAAUUCUGUUCGAUUAUUUCCAUGAAAACAUUAGAAUGCAAGUAGUCACGACAGCUCAGCAAAUAAUUCAAGGGCUAGUCAAACUUAAUGGUGGAUAUUCUAAUGCACAAGAGUUUUGGCUUCUUAAAGUCUUCCACAGGUAUAUUGAGUUCAUUUCAGACGAUGAAAGCAAAGAAGUCACUAUAAGAGUUUUAGAAGCCAUUGAAGAAUUGCUACAUGAUGUAGGUUCUGAAUUAAUACAAGAUGAUUAUAUGAAGCAGCUUGUAUAUAAGACUCUAAUAAAUUUGCAUUUUUUUAGUAUAAAAAUAAGAUUCUUUAUAAAAAGAUACUCAGAAUAGAAAAAUUCGCGAUCUUAUUAAGUGAGCAAGCCUUAUGCCAACGUGAAGGAGAUGAAACAGAAGGAGACCAUGAUGAAACUCUGAUGGGCGACCUAUGCGAUCUUUUACAAGAGCUUGCAAAGGUCUAUGGUGAGCGCUUUUCUCCUUAUUUCGAGACUUUACUUCCUGGUAUUGCUAAAUUCACAAAAGCUGAGAGAAAUCCACGUGAUAGAACUCUAUUCACUGGCCUUCUUGCUGACACCUUAAAACACAUGCCUUCCGUUGCUCAAAAAUACUCCAACGAUUUUUCCUCACUUGCGCUCCUCAAUCUCCAUUCCAAUGAGGUUUCCCUUUACAGAAACACUUUAUACUAUCUUGGGGUCAUUUGCCAGCAAGCUCCUCAGCUCGCUUCUAACUACCCACAAUAUUUGCAAUCAGUGCAAGCCUUUUUCACACAAGAAUUUGAGCCAGCUACUGUUGAUAACGCAGUUGCUGCAAUUUCCAGGAUGAUUUAUACAGCUCCACAAGCGCUACCACUACCACAACUUCUCCCUGUGAUUUUCCCUAAGUUACCAUUAAAGGACGAUUACUCAGAAACCUCGACAGUCUUAAAAGCAAUAGUUUUUCUCUUUGAGAAUAAUAUUAUUGACAUGUCAAGCUACUUAGAGUAAAAUAUUUUGUUCGUUUAUGAAAGGAGUUUUUUUUUAAAAAAAAAUAUAUAAAUUUAUAUUAAUUUUUUUUGAAUGCACAAAAAUUGAAUUGCAAAACAUAAUCUAAUUUGCAAAGUUUAUGCUUUAACAUACAAGUUGCCUAAAAUUAAUAAUUAUAACUUCUUUAUCAAUUUCCUUUUUCCUAGAAAAUUUUUUGUUAGCUAUUACUUUUUACCCUGAAAAUAGUAAAUUUUGUAAUGGUUUUGCUCACUCAUGAAGAGUGAGGAGUUAGAAAAUCACUAGAAUUGAUAAUUGAAGGACUUGUUGUAAAUGCAGCAGAGCCUGACAAAUAUAAACUUGAGAUCAGCUUAUUGACUUCCAUGAGAGGAAUUGUCAAUAAAGUGAGGGAAACUCCAGUAUUUGUGCAAGUCGCUCAGAAAUUGACACCAGAGAACCAAGCACUUCUUGCACAAAUACUACAAGGUUAA